CAGACUAUCAACGUUUUCUCUCCUCUAUAAAUUUCGACCGCGGGCUUUUUCGUGGUAGGUCCAACGCUUCGCAAUAUCUCUCUCUCUCGCUUUCAUUCACAACUACGACAAGUCUGUACCUUCAUAGAAUCAAGUAGAAUAUGGAAGAGCUGCAUAGUAUACUCAAUAUCGUGGUCACUUGGAGGGGGAAGCAGCUGAAUGUGGAGAUAGAUUCAAACUCUACUUGCAAGGAGUUUGGGUGCAAGCUACAGAAGCUGACUAAUGUCCAGCCUGAAACAAUGCGGCUACUUGUUCCGCGAUCUACUGAUAAAGGUUCCAAACUGCUUACUCCUUUCUCGGAUGAACACUCUAGUUUAAGUUUGCAAGAAGCUGCUAUUGUUGAGGGGAAGCCUAUUAGAAUGAUGGGAGUGUUCAAAGAUGAAAUUGAAGAGGUUUCACAAAAUAGUUUGAAGCCAGACCUGAGGAUAGCUGGAUUCGAUGAAGAGGAGAAGAGAUUAAGGCAGAGAUUGUUAUCUGGGCCCCAAAAAUCUCUGAAACUUCCUCAAGGGACCUACAUUUUCUGUGAUUUUCGCACGCUUCACAUUCCUGGCAUUGAGCUGAACCCUCCAGCUUCCGAGGCAUUGAAAAGAAUGCAUAUGCUUGCCAGUGAUCCAGGAAUCAUUGCUAUCAUGAAUAAGCAUCGGUGGCGGGUAGGAAUUAUGACCGAAAUGGCACCUGUGGGAUAUGUUGGCAUUAGUCCUAAAUGCAUUCUCGGUUUCAACAAGAAUCAUGGAGAAGAGAUAUCUCUGCGCCUUCGAACUGAUGACCUUCGGGGGUUCAGGAAAUAUGAGAGCAUCAAGAAGACAUUGCUGCAUGAACUCGCCCACAUGGUGUACUCUGAACAUGAUGCAGACUUUUAUGCUCUAGACAAACAGCUGAACAAAGAGGCAGCUAGUCUAGACUGGACGAAAUCCACAGGUCACACCUUGAGUGGCAUCAGGCGCACAGAUGAUUAUGAAGAGGAGUUCCAUGUUGGAACUGUUAGUACUGCUCAAAAGCUUGGUGGCCAGCCACUGAAUUCAUAUGCAAAUGCACGUGCAUUGUCCGUGGAAGCUGCUUACCAGCGCUUGUUAAAUGCAUCGGCUAAUAGUCUGGAUACGGACAGGAUAGACAAACAGGUGCAUCUCGAACCUGAUCCAGAUGAUAGUGAAACCAGGGUCGAUAGAGAGUCUCAAUCCGGCCAUAAAACUGCUGGGAAGAAUGACGGAAGUUUAGAAUAUAGAAGUUUGUUUGAGCCCAACCCAGAUGUUUCUCGAACGAAAGAAAAUAGUCAAUUUGAGACUCCAAUGGAAAUCGAUAGAAUGCCUAGUUGUGGGUCUUCUAGCCAUGAAGAAUCUGAUGAACCUGAUCCUGAUCCUGAUGACUGCUUAGACCAAAACAAGAUGGUGGAGCCUGAUCCCGAUGAUUCUCAAGCAGUUGAAACUAUGAAGGAUGAGAGCCAACAAAAACUUGGUGAGUAUCUAUUUCCAGAGAAGGGCCAUGAAGAACUGGAUGUGGCUGAUUUGAAAGAAGCCUUCUUGGAUAAUGGAAACAGCAUGGAAGCCAAUCAUGAUGAUUCCCAAACAAAGGACAUGAGGGUUGAGCCCGACCCUGAUGACAAUAUGGACAGCUUGGUGGCUAGAGAACCCAUGGCUAAAGACACUGAUCCUUCUGGCAGGCAAGCUGAUGAACCUGACCCAGAUGAUACAAAAGAGCUGGCCCCAUCAAAUGCUGGCUCAGCAGUGAGUAAUGAUUCUCCAACUUCCUACGAUGCAGAACUACAAAGAAUCCAUGACCCUGUUGCUGAUGUCUGUGCACGUCUUCAAAAAGCCAUCCAGAUGCUAAGAUCUGAAGCAACUCCAAUGGAGGCUACCUCAGCACUUCAAACACUUUCCAAGAUCAUUAGGAAUGUGAUAGAACAUCCGGAUGAGAUGAAGUUUAGAAGACUUCGAAAGGCGAAUCCUCUAUUCCAAAGAAAUAUAAUGAAUUAUAAAGCUGCCAUGGAAGUCCUUCAUGUGGUCGGUUUCCACGAAGAUGUAGUAUCCGACGAACUUGGGAGAGCAGAGACUUACAUGGUAUUGAAAAGGAAUGACCCCGGCAUGCUGUGGCUCGCGAAAUCUUCUUUAGAGAUGUGUAAUGCGUAGUAGUCUGAAAAUACAUGAGGAAUGCUCAUGUUUUCAGUUGCAUGAGAUGCAUGGCAGAGCCUUGCAGCACACAUGUCAAUGUGGCAUAUAUGUGCACGAUCCAGGCCAUUCGUCAGGUGGGGCCCACUGCCCAAAACCUAUACGUCACUCGGCAAGCUUGCCAUGCAUAUACAUUGAAAAUUGGACAGAUGCUCAUUGAUUUUUUUCCUCUCUAUCCAUUCGUACGACUGUGGCCUGCUGGAUGAAUGGACUAGUCUGAUAUUUGUGCACCCUACCUGAUGGGCGGCCAAGAUCUUCCAUGCAUGUGCCAUGAAGCUGCCGAUUCGUCAUUCAUCUGUACACAUAGCAUUCCUCAGAAUACACAUUGAUUCACUGGUAAAAGAAACAAGCAAUUGUUUAGCAAGAGGUUGAAAGAGAAGUUUGAAAAAUAGCACAUUGGGCUGUUACAUUGUAAAAGUAAAUAACACAUACUUCUGUACGAUUGUGAUUUGAAGUGUGUAUUAUGUAUAUGUUUCAAUGAAAAAUCUCCAUUUUCUAGCUA